AUGGUACUAUCUCAAGAAGAAUUGAAGAAUAUCGAGACCGCUUUGGUCGAAUUGGCUGAAAAUGAAGUCGGUCCUGUGUUGAAGGAGAAGGCAGGCACUUUAUUUGAGUCCUUCGACGACAAAGCCAAUCAGGUCGAUCUGGUCACCGUGGUGGAUAAGAAAAUUGAGAACAUUAUAAAAGAAAAAUUGUCUUCUCUAUAUCCUAGCUUUAAGUUUGUGGGUGAAGAAACAUAUAAACCCAAUGACACUGGCAUCGGUGAAGAACCCACGUUUAUAAUUGACCCAAUCGACGGAACGACCAACUUUAUUCAUGGAUAUCCUUACAGUUGUACGUCUUUGGGGCUUGUGGAAGGUGGUGUGCCCGUGGUUGGUGUUGUCUACAACCCUCACUUGAACUUGAUGUACCAUGCCUCUAAGGGGAAUGGUGGCUUUUUGAACGGCAAGCCUAUUAAGGUCACUGAGAGAUCAUUAAAGUUGCAGCAAUCAAUAAUAGCUCUUGAGGCUGGCUCAGAAAGAUCGUCUGGCUCUUCUGGUGAUGACAACUUCGACAUCAAGCAAGCGACCUACAACAACCUGUUAAGUGACAAGGGUGGGUACAUUCACGGCAGCAGGAGUUGUGGCAGUGCAGCCAUGAACAUGUGCUUUGUUGCCAGUGGUAAGCUAGAUGCUUACUGGGAAGGUGGCUGCUGGGCGUGGGAUGUGUGCGCAGGCUGGUGUAUUGUGAAAGAGUGUGGUGGUACUGUUGUUGGUGGUAACCCUAACGAAUGGGACAUCCCAGUUGAUGAAAGAUGCUAUCUUGCUGUCAGGGGAGGCUGUUCUGAACCUGACCAGAAGGCAUUCAUUGAGGAGUUCUGGUCUCAUGUUGCCGGUAAACUCAAGUAUCACUGGUAA